GAGUUAGCACGUUGUUGAAGAAUAUUAAAAUUACCAACGCUACCGAUAAACAACCACCGUAAACUUGAAAAGAGCUGGGUUGUAAAUCGCCACAACACUCUUGCACCUCGUUACAGAUUCCAACCUCGAUGCCGGAUUAGUUGAAUGACGUCUUUUUAGUUUGACAAGGGCAUUGGUAAUCGCCGGUUGAUGAGGAAGGAAAGAAAUGCAGGAGGUCUCAAAAGAGACAGCGACGUCAGCAUUGUCCAAGUGCUUUAUCCCCGUUGCUCAUUUGCUGGUGUUUGCUUUGUAGUAACCAGCAUGACCAGAGAUUAGUAAUAAUGGGAGGGAUUUACCGCAAUGGUUGGCUGCGCAUGAAUAACCCUUGUCAGUCUGGUCAUGGAAAAUGUAAAAAAGCCUUGCUGAUGAUGUACUGGUUUGACCAAGGUGACUUUUGUAGACUAACACGACACUACACUUUGGCUUUAGCUGAGGACUCUGAAAUGUUGAUGGACCAAAAUGAUGGACCCGGAAAUUAUCGAGCAACUCCGUCUGAGCAGCGGGUUGGGCAGCGGCAAGCGGGGCUCCUUGGGGGGCCUGUUCCAGCAGAAACGGGACCGCAUCAGCCUGCUGACAGACCCCCUGGCGGUGGCCCACCUGAACCAGCUGAACCGGGCCGCCCUGGAUGAGACAAGGAGUCUUGGGUGUGGGGAGGAUGCAGGGACACCGAAGAUGAUGGAAGAGGCCCAGAGAAGACAGAUGCUGGAACAGAAGAUCGCCACCUACAACCGUGGGAAGAAUGGACAAGCUUUCAUGGUGACGAUGACAGAGGGUAUGAACUUCGAAGGGGCAUUGAGAUUCUACUACGACGACGGCAGCAAGACCACGGCCAAGGCAAUAUGGCUAAGCAGCCGCGUUACUGUGCUGGAACUCUUGCCACGCAUUCAUGAGAAAUUUACCAUCUUGGUGAACGGCCGCUGGAAAACUGUCAUCUACCAAGUCCAGAACCAAGAUAAAAUUCUUCUGGCAGAUGAAGAGCGCCCUUUAGAUAUCGCUGUCAACAGUGGUCACAACGUGCGAUUUGUCCUCAAGAUGGAGCCUCAUCACCAAGACAACCAACAUACCGGCAAUCCCGGCAGUGCAGCCGCUCAGCACAAAUGUCUCUCGCAGUUCUUUGGCGUGAAGAGCGCCGACUUGACCGUGCCAUACUACACAGGCUCGGUCGCCGCGAGCCCCAUCUCCAAAGCCAAGCUGGGGUCGCCGUCAUUGUCAUCCAGGGUCAGCAAGAAGCUUGGCUCAGUGGACUCGGCCAGUCUCAGCAGCAACGGUAGCACCAACAGCAGCGGCCCACCAUCGGGCAGUUAUAGUAAGCGGUCCUACAGUGCAGGCAGCAUCGGAAAUGGGGGCAUGCCAGGCUUGCUGCUCAAGGCUGAAACACCCACCUUCAUCAGGAGGUUCCAAUCCAGGGAAAGAACCUUAAGGAACUUCAUCAAGAAGGAUAAGGGAAGUUCAAGGAAGAUGCCCUCCAAGGAACUGAGCCCAAAACACAGGUCCCGGGCCAAGUCCCUGUCCAGCGUGUUUGAGAAGGGCUUUACCCUCCUUAAGAAAGAUGACACCUUGAAUCCAGCCAAGGAGGCAGAUGCUGAAGAUUCAUCUCCAGGCUUGCUGAAGAUUUUUGGUGACAACAUCUGCCCCAACACAACCUACAAGAGUGUCUUGGCCUCGGCACAAUCAUCAGCAGUUGCUCUCAUCAAAGUGGUACUUGAGCGUUUCUCAUUGCCCAUCGACACCUUUGGGGAGUAUGUUCUUUGCGAUGUCAUUGGCAACUAUAAGGCCAACCCAGAGAAGUCCUCUCGAGUUCUUGGGAUCUCUGAAGACUUUGAAGAAAAACAGGAAUGGAUGACCGAGUGCAUGAGGGUCAUAGGAGACAACGAGAGACCCCUAGCCAUUAAGUCCUACUGGAAGCCGGAAGUGGGCUUUGCUAGAAGAUUUGAGAUCAGACGCCGCAGCGACAUUGCCGUCCCAGAUGCUGACACGAUUACACUCGGCAUCAACCUGAACGCGAAACGGCUGCAGAUGUCCAGAGCAAAUCGGGCAUCUGCAGGUGCAUCCCUGGCACGCUUUCUAGAAGAACAGGACCAGACACUAGGGGAUGUGUCAUCAUGCUCUAAGCGGGCAAUCAUGUCAGAGGAGCCUCCGAGGCAGAUCUCCCAAGGCCAGUCAGAGCGGGAGGAGACUGAGAGCAGCGAUGAGCAGCUGCCUGCACCCAGCCUUCUGCCCCCACAGGACUUCCCCUACUUGCUGACCCUCCAGGGCGACAACCCAGACUCUGAUCAGAUUCUGUAUCCCCUGGAUAGUGUUUCCUGUCUCGUCGGGCAUGCCUAUGACUCCAGAGCAAAGGCAGAUGUGGAACUGGAUUCCACAAAUGUUAACCGGGAGCACUGUCGAAUCCUGACACAGUACAUUACAGUUGGCAACAAUCCCUUUGACAUGUCUGUUGAGCCCAUUGGAGAAUCCAGAGUCCUCAUAAAUGGUGUGCCAGUUUCUAAAAGAACCGAACUAAUCCAUGGGGACAUGAUUGGCAUCGGUGAUCAUUACCUCUUCCUGUUGAAAAAGCCACUUGCCCAGACAGCCAAUGAAUCUUCACUGAUGAGACUGUUAUCCCUUGCCAACCAGUCAGAUUCCUCGACCCAUUUGUCCGGCAGUCCAAAUUCGGAGAUGACUUCUCAACCAAAGUAUGCAAGUCUGCACAUAGCAACCAAGGCUAAGGAAUACUCAACCGACAGCCAGAGACUCAAGUUGUCCUACCCGAUGAGAAGAGAGGACGAGUUACUGAGUGAGAUUGCAUUGCUCUUCCCAGGGUCUCUUGCUGUCGAUGAGCGUAAAGAGUUCACCCUCUCACUGUCGUACCUGGCCUGUAUGUGCGUGGAACACUCAGCCUACAACUUCCGCCAGGAGAGGACCAAACGACUGAUGAUGAAAGUGGCCUCUCUGAUUCAAGCACUGGCCUGGGACAAGACCAAGGAAAUGGCAAGAACUCAACCAGAAAAACCAACUGACGUCCAGACAGCCGUGGGGGCGCUCCUCCCCGACCUCAGGGUCAUCGUCUGUCUCCUCACCAAUGCCCUGGAGGUCCUCAACUUCCUUCAGGCCAGCAUGGGAGACUACGUGGCCACGUGCCAGGGCAGCGAAGCCAAGCCGAGCCAGCUUGACACAGACCAGGAUGAAGUGGGAGGCAACCUGGGGAUAGAAGACGAGGCGCUGGUGGAGCUGGAGGAGGUGGUGAUGUACACCUUUCAGCAGAUGGUCUACUACCUGACCAAGACUUUGCACAUCGCCAUCCCAGACUUCCUGGACACCAACCCAUUCUCUGACAAUGACGGCGAUGACACUGACACCAGAAAGAAGGGCAUGGACAGCGUCCUGUCGGUCUUCCAGAUGACCUUUGACCUGAUGCAUGACCUGGCAGUCCACCCAGAGAUUAUGUCACAGCUGUUUGCGUACCUUUUGUUCUUCACCAAUGCUUCAUUGUUUAAUAUGCUCAUUGAGAGAGGUUCAGAUGGCAAGUUCUACAAGUGGUCCAAGGGGGCUCAGAUUCGGGGCAACCUGGACGUGCUAGAAGCCUGGAUACAAGAUCACAGCCUGCAGGAUCAAGCUAAAUUUCUGAUCAGGGUAUCUAUGGCAACUGACUUGCUGGCCACACCCAAAGUACAGCUCAUACAGGCUGACUGGACCUCCCUUAAGUCUGAUUUCUCUGAUCUCAACACUGUUCAGCUUCAUCACUUCCUGAGCCAGUACCAGCUGGCUGCCAAUCAAACUCGUCCUGUACAUUGGCUUCCGCCUCCUGAGGAAAUGAAGACUGCUACUGAAAUAGAAAACCUCUUUGAAUCAUUUGACAACCACCCAGCUCUGGCACUGCCCAAUCAUGGCUUCACGUUAGAUCUGAGGCAACCAAUCACCAGCCAGCAUUUUAUCGACCAGCUGCAGGAACUGAAGAGACAUUUGCCGUACAUUACCUUCAGCCCGGGAAGUGAAGAUGCAACAGGCAACAGUAGUCUGUCAGUGAAUCAACCACCUGCUGAGAAGCCAAGCGUUCAGAGGGUACGUACGCCCAGCCCAAGCCGUGGCUACAUCGGCCUGCCUGUACCACCUCCGCGUACCAAAUCCUACAGGUACCCCCUGUCGGACCAGGCUACAUCCGUCGAGGUCUUGGAGCGCCCCCUAGAGGUGGUGCUGGCCGCCCCUGUCAACCUGGCCAAUACAGUGAAGUUGUCGCCCACGGAAGGGAAUUUCCUCUCGAAGGAUGACAAAAUGAGCCCUCGUGUGUUUGCAGACAAGCCGCUUUCCACGAGCAAGGCAGUGAAUGGAGUCUCAAAAUCAGAGAGUUGCACAAAGGUUGGUGAUGCACCAAACAAGCAGAACAACAAACAAAGUGAUCUUUCUGAAAUAAGCAGCACGCAGGCAGAAAGCGAGUGUACAAGGAGCGUUACUAGCACUCCCACUGUGAUCACUCCAGCUGGGACCACUGCAGAGCUAAUGAAUACAGCCUCAGAACCUACUCAUCUGUCGCACGAUGUCAGAGUUGUCCAAGUCGAACUGCCAAAGGAAGAAGCCAUCGAGAAAAGACUGCAGACUGGGAUCGGAAAACGUGCAGAUGGUCAUUUGGAGGAAUUUGAGGAACCUAAGAAGCCCUGCCCAACCCUGUCCUCGUCAGCAUCCUCAGUCUCAUCCUUUUGCUCAUCUACAUUGUCCGCAAUUGCCACAGAGACGGAGAGAUUCCCACAGAGGAAGGAUGCGGUGGAUGACGUUUUUGUUGUGGACUUGGAAAAAGGAGAGGAGGGGGUGGGGCUUGGACUCAUUGAUGGGAUGCACACCCCUUUGCGUUCCCAAGGCAUCUUUGUCCGCAAGCUGGUACCUGGCAGCUCAGCAAUGCAGAACGGCAGGCUAAUAGUUGGGGACCGGAUCUUGGCCGUCAAUGGGACCAGUCUGGUAGGAGCAGAUUACAACAGUGCCAUGCAUCUGAUCAGAACAUCAGGCAAGAAACUACGUUUCCUUGUAGCCAAGUCCGAGCCCUCGGUGGCCCUGAAAGUCACCGCAUCUGCCUGCUGAUGCCUGACCGAAGGCUGAUCCCUCUCGCAUUCCAACGUGCUCUGCACCUAAUAGCAUAAGAAGUUUGCUUUUUGGUACAGAGGCCAAGGUGCAUUGCUUUGUGAAGUGCAGUCUAUAAACCAGGAAGUAACCGUGGUACAGAGUUAUCAGCAUUGAAAUGCAUGCACUCCACUUCAGCAGUACCAUCUGCCCGUUGAUUCAGAUAGGCUUGUACCAAUGCUAUAUUUGACCUUUACAAUACAUUGCCAUGUAAAAUAUUGAUCAAUGAUACCACUAUUGCCACAGUCGUUGAUUAUUUUAAAGUGUAUUUUCAUUCAGACUGUUGUUGCUUUGUUGUCCCUCCAUUUUGGUCUUGCAUGUUGAGAAGCUUUUGACGUUGAGCUGUGGUACAGGGGUCAAAUGCAGGUGCUUAACUUCAGCCAAGCUGAUUGUCUGUUAAUUUUCACCGAUAUGCUUUUACCAUUGUUAUGUAAUUUACCAUUCCAAUUUAUCGCAAAAAUAUAUCCCAUGAUAUAUGAUACUAUCGCCAUAUUAAUUGAAUUUGUAAGUGUACUUUCACUCAAACUGUAGUGGCUGUUCCAUCGUUUUUGUAAACAUGCGUUUACUAGUGGUUUAUGCCCGGAAAUUCGGAAUUUCAUGAAGACUGUCUUUUCAUGGCAGUCCUACGCAUCACUGUCGCAAAAAUAAUACACUACUUAAAAGUACUAAGUGAAUAUGUCAUGCACACAAUUAUGUGUGUGCAAGACAUUAGCACAAGAAUCAGUUUGUGAUCCAGCACACGCAUACUCCAUUCAUUUGCUACAUUGCAGUCAAAAGGAUGUCACACUUCAGUACUCUAUAUGAGGUGAAGUUAUUGUAAUUCACUAGAAAUUAGUUCACGUUGCAGUAGUCAUGAAUAAGUGGCCGCGAAUGACAACUUCAAAUCAUGGAAUCCUUAUUCUGUACUAGUAGGGCUGUGCAUGGUACCCUGCCAUUGAUGCGGGGACCGGUGCCUUUGUUGGGAUACACGCUUCUACCGGGUACCCAUAACAACUUUGUAAAUGGGUUUUCAAACAAGUUUUGAAAAGGGUUUUGCUGGACAGUUUCAAGAGAAAAACUCAGCGGGGGUAUCUAGGAUGCUAAAAUAAAUCUUCUUUAUGGCCUAAGUUGAUGAUUAAGAGAACUAUUGGCCAUUAAAUGUAUUUUUCAUGAAGCCUUGUUUUGCCCUUCAUUUGAAGUUUGAGGUUUCUUUCAUGGGUGUGUAGGUACUUGUAUUAAAUGUCAGUAGCAUAUCCAACUCCAUGACUAUACACAUGAAUAAAUGCGGCUAUUGAGUGGCUCACUAUCACCUUCUGUCUUUUCCUGUCAAGUGUAUUAUACCUGGUUGUAAGGAACCAAGAAAUCCCAUACCCCAUUGCCAGGCAAUAAACCUACCUGUUUAAACCUACAUGGCCUGGUUACACAUGUUCACUUUGCAAAAAAGGGACUUCCCCGCAAUGAGAAAUACCUGUAGCACUCGUGACUGGGUGUGGGUUUGUAAAAUCAAAUGGUUUGAACGUGUUCCAUCCAGUAUGCUAAGUACACAAAGGCCCAACUCAAAUUGCACAACUUACUUCAAGGUUUCGUCAUGAUUAGAACUGGUUUGUUUGCACAUUAGAGUGCUAUAGACAUGUAACUGUUUGGAGAAGUCCCUGAUGCCUCACUAGCAUAGUCUGUUGCCAGUUAAUAGGAUUUGUAGCAUUAAGGACUGUUUUAUGUACAUGUAAUUUUGUGUUUUCUCUUUGCAAAUUACAGUUAUCAAAAUAAUUUAAGCACAAAACUAAUAACAAGGAUACAGUCCACCCAGUAAUGUUUUCUCUAGAAUUAUUGCUCUAAAUUGAUGUGUACAAUUGUCAAAGCUACGUAUGUUUAGUCUUGAUAUUGAAGUUAAUAUUGGAAUUUUACUUGAUGGAAGUGUGCACGUUGUCAUUCCAGUACAUGUACAUGCAUAUCAUGUGGGUAUUAAAACAAAAUCUCAUCCA